CCGAGCACGAAGGCUAUCACAGCAUUACUCUACUCCGUAUACGUAUCCGUAAACAGAGGCUGAUCAGGAUUUAGGAUAGGAUAAUCCGCCUAGUCCUGUGAGGCUGGAUUCUGCAUGACGAGUUGCUAAAACCAUAGCCGCCGUUACUACACUUCCCACCAUUACCUUUCAGAGGCCAUCUCGCCAUAGAAUCCGUUCGUCGGGUUUCAGAAGCUGAAGAAUUAGUACAUAUUGAAAGGCGUCUUACUGUGCGCAGCAGCAACUUAUGACGUAUGACCAAAUGGAAAGAUUCUAAUCACCCGAAGACGCAGUCACCGGACGCUCAUGUUUUGAUAUAAAUACCUAGUUGCUUCUUAUCACUUGUCCCCAGAUCCAGAUAUACUUCAGUUUACCCCCCAAAACAUUGAAACCUCACAUCCAACCUUGGAAAACGCCCGCACAACCCAGACAAAAUCCUCAUCAAUCAAGCUUCAGCACUAAAAGUUAUGGCCGCCAGUACCACCACCUCCCAAUCGCUCUACAUUAUCUACAACGCCGACUCCACGAUGCUCGGCAAGCUGUCCUACGUGAAGCGCAAAGUCACUUGCCCGGACCCAAACGAAUCCCCAGCCUGCGCCGCUUGCGAACUCACUCACGGCCCAUCGCUCAGUCUGAAAGAGUCGUCGGAUUGGGUCAAGACGAGAGCGCGAAUCGACGGAGUUGCGGUUCAACAGGUACACCGCGAUGAAAUGCCCAUCGAGUUGAAGACUUGGACGCGCGAGAACAAAGUGCCUUCGCCAAGUGUGGUCGUUUCUGUUGCCGGAGAGGGUGGCUUCAGGGAGUUGUUGACGAGGGAGGAUCUGGCUCGUGUACGCAAGAAUCACGAGGACUUCCUGCAACUCUUGGAAACGCGGGCUGGGGAGGAAAAAGUGGUCAACCUUACAAUUAAAAACCCAUAGCUAAUUAUUGAGAGACUGUAGCUAGCUAGCCGCCCCUACAUAUAAUUUAUUCAACC